UCUUAGCAUAUCAACUAUACUUAUUUUUUUACUUUUUUCCCCAGUGGUUGUACUAGUGUUUGCAAUAUACAUUGACAAUAAAGUCAAGCCCACUUUUACUUUUUGCUUUUCUUUAUUUAUUUCACUUUUUUUUAAUAGAGACAAGGCCUCACUAUGUUUACCAGGCUGGUUUCAAACUCCUGGCCUCAAACAAUCCUCUCACCUCAGCCUCCAAAAGUGCUAGAAUUACAGAUGUGAGUCAUCGUGCCCAUCCUCAGGUUCACUUUUCUUUUUUUUUUUUUUUGAGAUGAAGUCUUGCUCCAUCACCCAGGCUGGAGGGAAGUUAAUGGGAAGUUAAUGCAGCUCACUACAACCUCCAUCUCCCAGGUUCAAAUGAUUCUCCUGCCUCAGCCUCCUGAGUAGCUGAAAUUACAGGUGUGCACCACCACACCUGGCUAAUUUUUGUAUUUUUAGUAGAGACAGGUUUUCACCAUGUUGGCCAGGCUGCUCUUGAACUCCUGGCCUUAAGUGCCUCAGCCUCCCAAUGUGCUGGGAUUACAGGCAUGAGCCACCAUGCCUGACCAAGUUUUAAAUAGCACAGUACCACUUCACAUACAGUGCAAGUACAUUAUAAUAAAACAUUUCUAAUUUUUUCCUCCCAUUAACUGUAUAAUAGUAUAAUUAUCAUUUCACUUAUACAUAAGCAUAAAUAAUAUAAUUCAAUACAUUGUUGCUAUUUACCUUUUUUUGAGACAGAGUCUCACUCUGUCACACAGGCUGGAAUGUGGUGACAUAAUCUCGGCUCAAUGCAACCUCUGCCUCCUGGGUUCAUGCAAUUCUCUGCCUCAGCCUCCUGAGCAGCUGGGAUAUAGGCAGUCACCACCACACCCACCUAAUUAUCUUUUUUUUUCCAUUGGCCAUGAACCUUGUGAUUUGUGAGGAAAGGUGUCACAACCUUUUCAUUCCUACAGGUGCAAAGAUAAGAAUUAUAUCUGAUAUCAUCAAAAACCAUGAAAAUGAGAGUGGAGUAAAAUAUUUAAAAUGUUGAGAGAAAAAUCCACCAAAUUAGAAUUCUGGACCCUGUGAAAUUAUCCUUUAAAAAUGAAAGAAAAAUUAAGACUUCAGAAAUGAAGACACAAGGACCCAGGGGAAACUUUCUGUUUUUGUGCUUAUGUGCAACGAAGAAUGGACAGCCAUGUAAAAAUGUAACUGGAUUAAAAGAUAUGAUCUAAUGGUAAUAGAGUGAAAAGGGAAAACCCAGCAAUGCCUGUCUGUUCAGAUACUUCUUGGCCUCUCUGUGUAGCAUUCCUUCCUCCCAGGAAUGGAGCAGUACCUCUUGGAAUGAGGGUCUUCAAGGGGGAAGGGGAAAGGUAGAGAGUGACCUUCCUUGUUUUUAUGGCUUGCUUUGAGGGAGAGGGGGAUGUUCUAGUUUCUAUGACUCACCUUGGGAAACAAGGAUUGUUUUUGUUUUUGUUGUUGUUUUGUUUUUAUUUUUGUUUUUGUUUUUGAGACAGAGUCUCCCUCUGUCACCCAGGCUGGAGUGUAGUGGCAUGAUCUCGGCUCAUUGUAACCUCUGCCUCCCAAGUUAAAGUGAUUCUCCUGCCUUAGUAGCUGGGAUUACAGGUACAUGCCAUCACAGCCCGGCUAAUUUUUGUAUUUUUAGUAGAGCUAGGGUUUCACCACAUAGGUUAUGCUGGUCUUGAACUCCCAACCUCAGUUGAUCCGCCCACCUUGGCCUUCCAAAGUGCUGGGAUUAUAGGUGUGAGCCAUCCUGCCCAGCAGGAAUCUUUCUGGUUUCUAUAACUCACUUCAUGGAGUGACAGGAGAUAGGAAGGCAGAAGAAGCUCAGAAAGGCCUUGCUUCUGAGACCUUUCCAAUCUUCAGUUCAAAGUAAUCAGCAUGCCACUCACCAUACUUUGGGGUAUGCUCCAAUACUACUCUGUAAAUAAGGUGUUUUUUCCUCUGGAUUCUUUCAAGAGUGUUUUUUUAUCUUCAAUUUUCUGAAAUUUGAAUAUAAUUUCCUACGUGUAGUGUUUUGGCAUUUAUUUGGUUUGGUGUUAUCUAAACUUUCUAUAUCUAUGGUUUAGCUUCUAACAUUAAUUUGGGAGAAAUUAUCAGUCAUUAUUGCUACAAAUAUUGCUUCUAUUUCUUUCUUUUCCUUCUACUGAUAUCUCAUUGUUCAUAUAUUACAUCUUCUGUAGUCCCAAAGUUCUUGGAUAUUCUGUUCUGCUUCUUUCUCUUUGCUUUUAAGUCUCAAUUGUCAUAUCCUCAAGUUCAGAGAUUCUUUCCUCAGCCAUCUCCAGUCUACUAAUGAGCCCAUCAAAGGCAUUCUUCAUUUCUGUUACAGUGUUUUUGAUCUAGAUUUAUUUGAUAUUUAUUAUGAGAACCUGAUAGAGCUUCUGGAGGCAAAACCACCACCACCCUCCAAUGGAGUUUUUAUCUCUCAGUCUUAUUCACUAAGCCUCCAACAAUCCAUCAAUUACAGCUCUGGUUUCCCUACCCUAGAUCUGAUUUGAAUAGAGGUUUCAGCUCCUGGGUUUCUGCUCCAGCAAGUUGUAAUUCUUUGUACUCGCCUGUCUGUAUCACUAGUUUUUCAAGCAACAGCUUGCCCUGUGACAUCAUUUCUCUAACAAAUCUGAGAAAAAGUGUUGAUUACUUUUUAGUAUGUUGGGAUUUUACAUGCUCUUAGGAUGGAAUUACAACUUUCAAGCUACUUACAUACCAGCCCAUAACCCAGAAGUCUGUUCUGUUCAUUUCUUAGAUUGUUUCUUCUCCGUGAUUCAUGUUGAAAAGUUUCUAUUGUUAUGUUUUCACUUUCAUUAAUGUUUUCUUCUGUAAUGUCCAACCUGUGUCCAACCUGUCUUUUACCCCAUCUAGUGUAUUUUUUAUCUCAAGCAUUGUACUUUUUAUCUUCAGAAGUUUGAUUUGGAUCUUUUUCACCUCUUCCAUGUCUCUAAUUAACAUUUUUUAUCUUUCCUUUAACUUUUUGAACAUAUACAGUUAUAAUAACUGUUUUCAUGUCUGCUAAUUCUAACAUCUGUGUUAAUUCUGGGUUGGUUUCAACUUUAUUAUUAUUCUCCUCAUUAUGACUCAUAUUAUCCUACCUCUCUGCAUGACUGGCAUUUUUUUAUUAUAUGUCAAUUUAAUAUGUAAAUUUUGCCCUGUUCAGGGCUGGAUGUAUUUUAUUUCUAUAAAUAUUCUUGAAUUUUUUCCUAAAGUCUAUUUAAUAUUCUUGAUAACAGAUUGAUCCUUUUUGUGUUUGCUUAUAAUAUUUGUUAGGUGGGAUCAGAGAAGCAUUUGGUCUAAGGAUAAUUAUUUCCCACUAGUGAGGCAAGAGUCAACCCAACACCCCAGGAAUGAGAAUAUUUUCCUCAGUCUGGCUGGUGGGAACAGGUACUGUUUGCAGUCUUGUAUGAGCUCCAGAUACUGCUCCCUCUAAUCUUUUUGUCUAGUUGCUUCUCCAGUCUCAGGUAGUGUACACAGGUGCUACCACUUGAGGGGGGUCCCUCAAUGCAUAUCUAGGUUCUUUUUUGUGCAGCUCUUUCCUCUCUGCUACUCUUCCCUGAAGCCCUCUUUGCCUUAGUCUUUCUCAGUCAGCUUCAUCUCCUCAAUUCAAAGUGUUUUCCAGAAUUCAACAAGAAUUCUCCUCCCUGAGCCAUGCCUGAAAAUUCUCUUAAAUCAGUAAGCUGGUAGACAUGUAGGAUCCAUUUCAGCUUCUCAUUUCUCAAGAAUCACUAUUUGUUGUUGUCUGAUGUCUAAUGUUUUGAAAACUGUUCUUUGAUGUAUUUUUUCAGUGUUUUAUUAUUUGGGGUAAGAGAAUAAAUCCAGUUCCUGCAGAGCCUGUGUAUCCCUAUUACCAAGACAUGACCUUUCUGGAGUCUCUACUAAAUAUUCUCCACUGAGAACAUCUAGUUUUCUCCACCCGGCUGGUCUGAACAAAGCUUCCCCAUGUGAGCUCUCAGGAUUGCUCACCUUACUGUUUUCUGCCAGUGCUUUUCUUAGUUUCAUGGAGUUUCCUCCAUACUUGUGUGACUUAGCUUUCAGCAACAAACACAAGAGCAAACCUAUACCUUUUUCUGCAGCUCUUUCUCUAUGCCACUUCCUCUGCUUUGGCAGUCUACCUUGAAAACUGUGACUGCCUUGGCCUCAUCAAACUUCAAUCUCUGAAUCCUCCACUCAUGGGCACCCCUGUACUCGGUGUGGGUUCUCCUUUCCUGCUCUGAGGUCCGGAGAGUGCCUCCAGGCAGAGAAAGGAGUUGAUAAUGGGGUUCAUUUUAUUUGUCUCCUUUUCUUUCAGGGAUCAUAGCCCUGUGUUUCCUGUUAUCCAAUGUUUAAAAACUGCUGCUUCAUUUAUUUGUCCAGUGUUCUUGUUGUUUAUUAUGAGAGUACAAGACCAACACAAGUUUCUGCAUCAUAGUGAAAGCAGAAUUUUUUAAUGUAAUUAUUUCAAAUGACCAAAUGCAAAUUAUUAUAUCAAAAGUGUUUUUUCAAAUUAAUAUCCCACUCUUACCAAAAUUCUGAUCACUCCUCUAUAGAGGACUUGGACCUUGUUUAAGUAUAACUCAUCUGGUGAAAUCCGUGGAUUUUAAGCCUUUAAUUCAACAUUUAUUUAAACAUUUCAUAAACUGUAUUGCCUGGAAGGCAUGGUGCUUGGUUCUGAAUAUACGGGGAAGAUGCCAUUGAAGACUUAAGAAUUUCACUAUCAAAGUCAGUACCUUGUCAGAGUAUUAUAAACCCAGUAAGGGCAGUGACAGAGAUAAUUGUGCAAAAUAUUAAUGAGGCAGGGAAAGGGGAGGGGAACAGGCCACUGAAUCCAGUUAAAGACAGGUGGAAGGUUGUCAGGGAUUACUUCUGGAGGUGACAUUUAAGCUGAGUCUUUAAACGGGGAAGCAAUUCACCAGGCAAAGAGAGAACAGUUUGAGCAAAAGCAUCAGGCAGAAACAGCACACAGUUUGGGAACAACAGGCAAUUUAAGGUUGCUGAAGCAAUAAUUCCCAGAGAGGGAGAGGCAGCAGAUAGAGCUGGAGAGGCCAGGAAAGGUCAGGACAGGGAGGGCCUUCUGUGUCACACUGGGGAGCCUGCCACUAAGGGGUGAGUCUUUUACAUAACUUUGCUUGGUUGCUGGCAGGAUGCAUGCCUGCCUCAGCAUGCAGCAGGUAUUAUUAGAUGAUGAUCAUGAAAGGCAAAUCUGAGAAACCACAAAACUCUGAGCAGAGCCAAAAUCCCUUAGGUUUUGAGGUUCCAGAAAGUUAUCUGACUCCUCUGACCCUUUGCAAAUUUAGCUGAGAUGUGUGGCCAUGGUGGUCAGCCAGCCCUGAGGUGCUGCUUUCUUGGCAGUUGGCUGAGCCUCUAGGCUUGCAUCUAUGGCUGGAGCAUAGUAAGGAGGGGGAAGGGGAGAGUGUGAGUGAGACAGAGAAGAAAGACAGUGCUAGGAGAUAGGAAGUCACGCUGAGAGGCACAGCCACAAUGGGACUCAGAUUGAAGGGAUAGAUCAAGAAGCACUUUAACGCAAGAAGAUGAUUUCUAGUGUGGAGAGGAGAAUCAUAUCCUUCCUCCCAGAAAACUCUGCAAAUACUUGGUGACCAACUGGACCACAAAGCUGUGUUUUCAGGGACUCCCUUUCUCCCCAUUAUAGGGGUCUCUGGGAGUGGGGCAGGGUUUCCAGUCUGAACUCAAGCCAGGAUCCAGACACAUCUAAACAAGGCGGAUGGGCUGGCCCCAGCAGAAGUUUAUUUGUAUGACGAGUUGAGGGACUUUCAGAAAAAUAAUCUACAUGGAAGAAAAUGGAAAUUCCACCUGAUUAGCUCAACCCAUAACAAGACUGAGUCCUUUGCAGGGCAUGGAGUUUGAAAAAAUCUUCAAAUGAGCAGAUCACCAGGGCAUGAGUAGUUCUGGUCAGGUAUUUUCUUUAACAGGUAUAACAUGAAGAAGGGGACUAAGGCAUUCCUCCUGGCUUUGAAACAGAAUAUAAAGCAGCUCUGGCUCCUUGAGGGCUUCAGGUGCUGAGCUGUAGUGAGAAAGGGAAUACCCCUGGGCUGUCCAGCAGGAGGUAGAAGGGUUGAAGAACAGGAUGAUCCACACAGGUGCCUGGCAAUAUGCCCACACAGAAGCAAUAAUAUGUUCAUGAACAUGUGUGAGACAUGCUCUGGAACUGCAGGGAUAUCUUGGGGGUGAUUGGUAGUGGAGUGAGAUUCCACAUGAGUUGGAAGAAGCAUGAACUAGGGAAAAGUGGAUUAUGACUGUUAAUGGCUCCCACUGUGUAAGUGAGUGAGGCCUGGGAAAAGUUGAGUUCUACUAGGAAAGUGCAAAGUUUAGGUUUCUCCAGGGAAUAGUUCGCAGGAUUGUCCUUGCAGAAGUCCAACCUGGACACCGUUGAUCAGCUGAAACUUUUUCUCUUGAAUUCUCCCUUUUGCAGCAUGUUUAUGAGCUGCAAAUGUCCCUCUUUGCUCAGGCCUAGGGCAGGAGUCCUUCCUAGAUCCUCAUCUCUACACACGUCCAUCUCAUGCUGAUUAAAUCCCACAUGCAAUCGCAACCACUAAAAAAAACAAAAACAAAACAAAAAAAAACAGGGAUAGGUGCAGAGGUGCCUGUCUGAGCAAAAUUCAGAGGAGAUACAGGGAGGCAUCUGUGCCAAGCUCACACAAAGACAGACUCUGAGACAAAAGAUAGAAAGACAUUAAGUACAAACAGCUCUUUUGUUUUCCACCUUAUCAUUUUCCAUAUUUUCUAAAUUAUCUACAAAAAAAGGCAAAUGCCAGUUUUUCAAAACCAAAUGUAAAAGAUACGAGUAAGCACAGCUUUUCACAAUCUACAUGGAUGAGGCUUAUCUGAGUUUUAUGUGCUUUCCCUUCUGGUCACCCCUAGGGUGUUUGAUCUUGAUUAUGUAAUACACAGGAGUCACAGAGAGCAACCACCUGGUAUGACGAAGGGAGUUCCAUCAUGCAGAUGAUGCGAAAGGUUUGUGUGGCUAAGCACUGCCAAAUCCAAGCAAUCUAUGCUUCUUGGCAUCCCCCUUGGGGUCAAGAACCCUUCUGUGGAAGGAGACAGACAUUAACAUAUUUUCCCACUCACCUCCAAUGGAUCUUGGCUCAUCCAGUGAGACUGACUGACAAUCCUCAAAGGCUGUUGGCCAACUAUUUGCAAGAGAGGUCCAUGGAAAGAGGCCUCCUUCACCUGUUAUCUUUUCUCUAUCACUUCACAUCCAUGGGUCCCUAAGCCCCAAGAGAAGGGUCAAGUGCAAAUCUGGUAAGCCAAGAAGACCUAGCAGUUGUCAACUUAAUCAGCCUUCAGGAAAAUAUAUGGCUAUAUGAGCACAGUAAAUUUGCUAUAGAGACAGGCACAGGAGGUGAGUUUAGAACACGGCCUCGUCGCUUCACCUGAUAAAAAUAAGACCCAGGCUUUUUAGUAGAAUGAAUUACUUAAGUUUUAUAUUUAACAGGGGGUGACACCAAGGCUCUCACUGCUUUUCAAAACAUUUGAGGAAUCUGGGCUGCCUGCUUCUGCAUAUGUUAGCAGCCAUCACAACAUAUGCUCUGGUGGAUGGCAAUGAAGAACCAGAAGCCCAUGUGUCUCUCCCACCCCCUGAGAUGAGAGAUUGUCUUUCUGACUUUGGGUUCAUCCUCUUUAAUUGGGUGAGAGAUUUUCAAUGUGUUUCGGAUAAACUACUGGGAAAUAGCUAUGCUGUGUUCUGCACUGGGCCAGUUGCAUCUAUUAUUGCUUGUCACUAUAACAACCUUUGGAAGUAAUGAUCUCAUUUUGCAGAUGACAAAAUAAAGAAGCUCAGAGAGGUCCAGAACUUUCCCAAGAUCACACAGCUAAUGAAUGGUGGAGUUGAGAUUCAUAGCCAGGUAUCCCCAUUCCAAAGCCUUCCUUUAUGAGACAUCAACCACAACCCCUGCACAGCAAGGAAUCUAGGAUGAGGUGAAUCAAAGAAGCUUCACCAUUUUUAUUGGUAUAUGGCAUGGACAUUGUUAUAGUUUAAUCCCUCUCCUAAGACAGUUCCAAAGUGGAUGGGUACCAAGAAAUUCCACAGAGAUUCUGAGCUCUGCUGGUGAGCACCUCUCCAAUUAUCCAAGGCAAGUGUUAAUUUCAGACUGACUUUUUACCAUCCAAAAUGUUUCUGGACUGUCUCUUCCCUAAGUGAGGACCACCAGCAUAAUUACCACAAGAUUCCAUACCACAUCACUGAGAAAGUGUCCCACUGCUUUUGCAUCCAUGAAAGCUUAAGUAUAUGAAAUCCAGCAGGAAAUCCAAAGUGAAGUUCUUUUUGUUGACAACUUUCUCUGAAUUAUUCAUGAAACUCUUACUUUGCAGAAAGAUUUUUUUUAAAAACAAUUUUCCAUUGAAGGCCUACAUGGAAGACUCAAUCUGAGCCCAUGAAGCAUCAUCUUUCCUUUUGGGAAAUGGCAGUGCUGGUGGUGAUGAGAUUGGGUAUGGGGCAAUGGCCCAUUGGGUAGAGGAAACCAAUGGGGAAGCUUGGUGAGAGUAGGAAUAAGGGGUGCCUAUGGCCCUCUCCAUUCAGUUUACCAGCUGAGGGUAAUAAUAGAUAUCUGGGUUUCACAGGAUCUGAGAGGGCAUGUCUAGGGCAACACUGAAUUACAUGGCUUGACAGAAAUUUGAUCCAAGCAUCAAACCCAGUGAAUGGGCAGAAGGGCAGAGAGAAGGCAGGUAGAAGCCAUAGGCUGGUGGCUGAAACCCAGGGCACAGCAGAAGGUUUAGUGCCUCAAUAGAGUCCUUGGGCCAUGAAACUUGCCCCAGCAGCUUUUCCAGGCUUCCUGCAGCCUGCAGCAUGCAUGCAGACUGUGGCUGAGGGAGCCACCCGCUGGGACCAGCUCUGCUGCUCAGGAGGCUCAAAUCCAUCUGUAUGUCACUGUCAUCAGCUCACACACUCCUUCCAAUCCCUGCAUGAUCAGUGCCAAUGUCUCACCAACAGAUUAAGACCUGGAUAGAAGUACAAGAAAUAGGAUUUUAAACUCAAUUCCCCAGGUGACCCUUGUUAACUUUUUCACCCUCAGAGAUAUUAAUAGUUCCUUUUUAUAUACUAUAGCAAUUUGUGGGGUAGGUUUUUUGGUAGCUUAACAUUUUUUUUUUUACUUCAGUUAGACAUGUAAUCUAUUUAAACGUAAUAUGGGGAAAAGAAAAGUGAAUGUAGAAAUAAUGUAGAAAUGUAGAAAUAUUCUUCCUGGCAGAAAUACUUUUACUAGUUUCUGGGCGUAAUAUCAGCCCAGCAAAAGUUAUCUGCAAAUACAGACGUUCCCAUGUACAUCAAAGACACUCAAGUUCUUUUUUUUUUCUUUUAACAAAUGAAUCAUUUUAUGCUACUGAAAUAACUCUGUGAUGUGCUAUUGGCAUUUCAGGAGCUAAAUAGACUCUUUGGACCAGCCAACUUCUACUGCAAGCAUCAAACACGCACAGGCUUUAGUCUCAGGCAGACCCUAGGAGUUCUGGCUUUGCUACUUAUUAGCUGUGGUAACUUGGGCAAGUCACUUAAUCUCUCUAAGCCUUAGCUUCCUCAUCUGUGAAAUGGGAAUAAUGUCAGUCACAUGCCACGGAAAAAUCCAGGAAGGAGAAUGGCCAGUGGGCUAUGUCAAAGGCCAGACACAACUUCCAUCCUGGGUGAAUGCUGCAACCAAGACAGUGAGCAGGCAAACCUUGCCCUUGCCCUCACUCCCUCCAAAAUCAAGAUCUUUUGUUGUUUGUUUGUUUUGAAACAGAGUCUCGCUCUGUCACCCAGCCUGGAGUGCAAUGGCAGGAUCUUGGCUCACUGCAAUCUCAGCCACCCAGGUUCAAGCUAUUCUCAUAUCUCAGCAUCCUGAGUAGCUGGGAUUACAGGCGCCCACCACCACGCCCGGCUAGUUUUUGUAUUUUUAGUAGAGAUGGGGUUUCACCAUGUUGGCCAGGCUGGUCUUGAACUCCUGACCUCAGGUGAUCUGCCUGCCUCAGUCUCCCAAAGUGCUGAGAUUACCACACCCAGCAACUCCCUCCACAAUCUUAAAGCUCCUUGGACAACCCCCAUUCCCAUGACCUGAGAAUUUUUAUGCACUCCUGCUGAAAGGGAUUGGCCUUUCAGUGUUCCCCUCCACCAUGAGCUGUUUCCAUGAAAAGGUCCCAAGGGUGACUUGCAGGCUAUGGUCACACCACCACAAGCCUUCUCCCAUCCCUGCCUCUACCUAUUGCCCUCUAAAUAAGGAGCCAGUGCUGCCAGGCUGAGAACUUCUGCCCAGUAUGGAUCCUGGGUGGCCUCUCGCCUCUCUUUUCCUGGGCCCCCAGCCAGCUCCCCAUUACCCUACAGAAGCUCCCUGCUCACUUCAUUCCUGCCUCAUAGUUGGAAUGGCAGUGGCUGCCAGAACCCCUGGGGAGUGUGGAGGCUGAUGGGGGUCUGGGGAGGCAGCCAGGCCCAAGAGCAAGUUAAUGUUACAGCCCUGGAUAAGUGAGCUGGGUGGGUUAACGUCAGGGUGAUGAUGGGUGGAGGGGAGGACCAGGCUGCUGAACCAACUAUAAAGAUAGGUCAAGUCAAAUAUCAUCAACAUGGAGCAAGCAGGUGAGCUAGAGAGUGUACCCGAGCUAUGGUCUCUGCCAGCCGCGGCUCAGCUCGGGUCCCUCUGCUCUCAACCCAAGUGCCCAAUGCAGGCUUUGGUUUCAUGUCAGCAGCCUUCAUCUGCCUUCCAACAAUAAGCCCCUGCCACCAUGUGGGAGGGAGAAAAACAAGAAGGGUGUUAUUUUUAGGGCCAUUAAUUCUGACCACGUGCCUGAGAGGCAAGAUGGAUGGCCCUGGGACAGAGGCUGUUCAUCACUAUGUCCCAGGGAGCAGAAUGUCUUCAGGGCACGCUGUGGGCUCUCAUCUUCCUAGGCAUCCUAGUGGGCAUGGUAGUAUCCUUGCUUGCGGGCUCCCCUGCCAAUGACAGGCAGCUGGACUCAAGAGGCUGGGGUACCCUGCUGUCCAGGUCUUGCACAGGGCUAGCUGGAGAGAUCACCAGGGUAAAUUGGGAAAGUGGCUACCUGGUGGGGAUCAAGUGGCAGCAGAGGCUCUACUGCAACAUGGGCAUUGGCUUUCACCUCCAGGUGCUCCCCGACGGCCGGAUCAGUGGAACCCACAAGGAGACCCCCUAUGGCCUGCUGGAAAUUUCCACUGUGGAGCAAGGCAUGGUGAGUCUCUUUGGAGUGAGAAGUGCCCUCUUCAUUGCCAUGAACAGUGAAGGAAGAUUGUACACAACGGUGAGUUCACCAGGCCAGGAAAGUGCCAGGUUUACAAGGCUUGCUGCUUACACAUUUGAAGAAAAUAAUACUAAAUUCUGAGUAGAGAAGUGACUAUUUAUCUACAUGGGAAAGGAAAGGCUGAGAAAGGAGCUGUGCAAGAGAAGGGCAUUGCAGCUUUUGCUUCUUCAGCCUCAUGGGUGAUUGUCCUCUGCUCUGUGCUGCUUCUGUUCCCACCUGCCAGAUGGAGCCUGUGUGAUUAAACAGAAACCACAGCUCAGGGAGCUCGUGGGCCAAAGGAAAACCUGCAUUAUGGCAUCCAGGUCUGUGUGCCUUGUAAAUAGGGCUGGCAGUGACUCCCAACCCUCAUCUGUGCCUGGGAUUUGCUGACUUUUAAACAUUGCCAGCCUGAUGCUGUGGAAUGAUCUUUCAUUUCAGUUUCAAUAUUCUGUCUCCCGAUUACAUAAGAGGCCAGGCAGCUUUGCACAGGUCUGCUGAUCAUUCUUGUCCUCUCUGUGGUGAAAGGACUCUGAGUCUUCACCAUUUCCCCAUGGGGUAAUUUGUAUUUUUCUUACCGGUUUGUGCCUUCCUUAUAUAUUCAGAGCACUGAUUGACUGUUUGCUGGUUUUGCCAGUUCCUUCUUUACAUCUUUGUAAUCACAUCAAGAACUCAGAUCCUGUGACUUCAGGUCUGGAUGUGGCAUUUAUGUGCCUGUGAGUGUCUGCUCAGUGUUUUUGUGUAUGCAUGUAGGUAGCCACAUUCUACUCAUCUCCAAAAUAUCUGAAGUGUCUUAAAAUAAUGCAUAGAAGUUGAAAAGCAUAAUGACAAAUAGAAAUAAAAUGGCACAGAGAAACCAUUUUUAUCCUGGAGGAAGUAAGAUUGCAGAUAUGUAGGAUGCAGAGGACCUUUCAAGUGUGAUAAUGUGCUUCCUAAUGGCCCAAGUGGAAGGAGCAACAUGAUCAGCUACAUGAUCUAGUCUGUCCACAAAGAAACAGCAAAGCUCAUUUUACACCAUUUGUUUGAAGGGAAGAGUGGGUGUGCGUGAAGUGGAGGCAAAGGCUGCUGUGACAUCUAGGUAGCAAACACAGCGGGAACUUCAGAUUUCUUCCAUUGAUUUAUCUUGAAAAUGGAAAAUGUGUCAGCAAAGACCCUCUCUGCGAGCCAAUCCCAGGAGGAGGACAACACCUGCCUGUCACUGUUCUCACAUUCUGAGCAGCUGCCAACCAUGUCACCUUCUCAGAGGUGGCUCUGCCAUCUCACCUGUCCUGGGAAAGAGGUGAGAGGUGGGAUUCCUCUUGUGCGAAGUAUAACAGUUCUUCUUUAAAGUUUCCUUUCUUGUUAAAGAAUAAGUGUGCUAAUAACUUUGUUAAGCCCUAUCCUAUGUAGCUGUUAGACAUGCCAUGCUUACAGGCACCUAGUACAUUCUAUGCCCUUGUACUUAACCUAGAUAUCUGUGUUGGACGUGCUCACAGGCAUGUCGCAGCUCUCCAUUGCAUUUACCUGUUUAGAAAGUUUUAAGUUAUUAGCCUAACGGGUUUUAGUUUAGAUUGUGAGUCCUGGUUCCAGCCAAUGGAGAUCAGACACAGCAGUAAGAAUGACCCCAAAUGCAUAAGGGAUAAAUUUGUCUGCUUUCCUUUAUUCAUUGUACUUUUGUGGGAUGAUGGCUAGCGAGGGUACCUUCUGGCAGUCCAGGAAGUAAAAACUUUGUUGCUGAAAGAUACAUUGUCUCAGGGCUGAUUUUUCUUGGAGGCACCUAGCAUCUAUUUCCAACAUCAAUUUCUAAUUCUCUGAAGAAGGAGACAGGGGUUAACUUUGAGCAAUUUUUGCCUUUUUCAUCAUUUUCUGUUUUGAGGCUGCUUUAUCUUAAAAGUCACAAUCUUGCUGCUACAUGAGAUGAUGCCUCCAUUUCCAGAUACAAGCCAGAGCGUACAGGGCAGCAGGACAUGCCUGAAGGUCACUGAAAUAGAAAGGGGCAGGUUCUGCAAAAGGGGUCGGAUGCUAGCGUGUUUCUUGGGAGCUGGUUCCAGGAAACAACAGUGGGACUGUGGGCUGGAGAGAAUGCAGCCAACCAGAUGCUCAAAACCUAGCGGGCUCCCAGCAAGGGCACCUGGGGCUCCAUCCUUCAAGGAGACCCUAAGACAGGGCUGUACAUGCCCCUGAAAGGCCUCCCCAUCCUGAGGAGGUGGGGGCUGGGGACAUUGCCCACCACUCCCACUGCCACGGGUGGACUGCUGUGCCUGGCACUUUCCACCUGCCAUAUGCAUGGGCAGAGCAGGCUGUGCUGUAGGACACAGCCAUUGGCAGAGGUGCUCAGGGCUGCCUGGGAGGUGGGGCCCGUGGGUCUGGACAUGGCUACUGCAAAGCAACCUAGGUAGUGUUGGCAGCAUCCAUGCACAGCACAGUCUCAGGGAGAUCAAGGGCAAUGACCUGGCCUUUCCAAAUUAUUUGGAGAUUUAACUCCAGGCAGUUGUUUCAUCCAAACCUUUAAUAGACUAAAUGUAUUACUUACAUGAGUGUUGACAAAGCUGGGAAUGAUUAUUAUAUUGGUCUUGAUUAAGUUGGAAAUAAUUACUUAUAAUUAAGAUUCUAAUAACCUCCACUAUGUAGAAAAGAUAUUUCAAAAUAAAACCAAACAAACAAAUGUAAAGGUGUGACAAAUAUCACUCGACUGUGGGUUCUCAUGUGGUUAUUUAUGCAGCAUUUCUGUCUUCUGGGAAACUCACGUUCAGUCUUGAGUUAGAGCCCAUCGUCACCUGGAUCCCUGUGAGACACGCCGAGAGGGCCACUGGGGCAGGACCUGUGCUGGGGGGUGACCCUCAGGCCUCUCCUCCCUACCCGCCAGCCCCUCCAACCCCGAGAUCAAUCCUCAGCCCCCCCAGCCCCCAGAUCACUCAUCAGCCCCCCAGCCCACAGAUCAC